UCCCUGUUGUUUUUAUUACUUUUACGUUUAAAUUAGUUGCCACUGUAUUAAUACAUUUUGAUGCAUACUUUAAUUUCGUCAUAGGAUGUGAAAUUUAUUAUUUAUUUGUUGAUCUGUAAUUAAGUGAAAUUCUCGAAAUGGAGAACGCCAAAAAUAAAUUUACAAAAACAGCUAUAAUGGCUGCUGCUGGUUUAGGAUUGUUAAUUGUAGUGGCCACAAAGCGAAAACGCAUCUUCCAAUACUUGAAAUCAGUAAAUGAUCCUCUGAAGUACAGGCGUAUAGAAGUUAUUCAGACAGUAGAAGAUUGUCAUAGGGUAGUUAACCAAUUAAAGAAGCACUGUAAUACACUAAAAGUUUUGGGAUUUGAUUGCGAGUGGGUAACCGUUGGGGGUAGCAGACGUCCAGCAGCAUUGCUUCAGUUGUCUUCUGGUGAGGGAUUGUGUGCUCUUUUUAGACUAUGUUGUAUGAAACAAAUUCCUAAAAGUUUAAGAGACCUAUUAGAAGACGAUGAAGUCGUUAAAGUGGGUGUUGCGCCUCAAGAUGAUGCCAAGAAGUUGGCUCAUGAUUAUGGUGUGGGCGUGGCGAGUACCUUCGAUUUACGAUUCCUAGCAUUAUUAACUGGUAAAAAGCCAGAAGGGCUUGCUAAGAUGUCAAAAUCUGUCUUAAAUAUAGAGUUAGACAAACACUGGCGUAUAGUUUGCUCUAAUUGGGAAGCUAAAGAUCUCAGCGAGAAACAAUUAGAUUAUGCUGCAAAUGAUGCUUUAGUUGCUGUUGAAAUCUUUAAAAAAUUAUCAAAGGAUCUAAAUCCUAAAAGCAUUUGGCUUUCGAAAAAUGAUUUUGAACGCAUCCGUCUGAAGUUGGAACCGUUUUAUGAAGUUAAUUUUAAAGAAGGUUUUAUUAAGGAUUUAAACAAAGAAAAAACCAAUAAAAAGAUGGUUAAUUCCAAAAGUAAAAUUGACCAGAGUUUAAAAAAAUCACAAGUUCGAGGAAUAAGUACUAGGUCGAAAGCGUUAUAUGAUAAUUGUCUAUUGGAAGCACCUGAUGGUGAGCUGCUAUGCACUAUAGACAGACGCAAGGCGAAAUGGUAUUUAGACCAGGGUCUUGGAACUGAAGUGAUGUUAGAUCCCUUCACGGUCAGGCUUAAUUUUGAACCUGCUGGAAGAGCUGUGGGAGAAGUUGGCAAAUAUUACCAAACGCCAAAGGAAAAUCGGUGCGUUGUUUGUGGUUAUAGGGAUUCCUUCAUAAGAAAAAAUGUGGUGCCGCGAGAAUAUCGUAAACAUUUCCCCGAUGUAAUGAAAUCGCAUACUUCUCAUGAUGUUCUAUUAUUAUGUCCAAAAUGUCAUCAGUUAAGUAAUAUUUCCGAUUUGAAAGUACGUCAUAAAUUAAGUCAAAUAUGCGAAGCACCUUUUACUUAUAAGGAAGGUGCAUAUAAAUUAAUAGAAAUUCCUGAACUUGGACAAGUGAAAUCAGCGGCUAGGGCAUUAUUGAAAUGUGGAGAUCAAAUUCCUGAAAAUAGGAGAAAAAAACUAGAAUCAAUUGUUUUAAACUACUACAAGGAGGAAACUGAAAUUUGCCUUAAUCUGUUGCAAGAAGCUUCGGAAAUUGAUACAAAACAAAAUAAUGAAAAUUAUUCGCAACAUGGAGAAAAAGUUGUUCAAAAAUUUCAGAAGAAUCUUGGUGGUCUCUUGGAGUUGGAAAAAAUUUGGCGAGAACAUUUUAUACAUACUAUGCAGCCAAAAUACUUACCUCCUCUGUGGAAUAUCAAUCACAACGCAAACAGAUUAGAAAUCAAAGCCAAUGAAGGAAGAAUUAAUCAAGGGGAUCUAAUUUUAGCUGGUGUAAUUUUGGGACAAGAGCAAAAGUUAAACAAAAAGGAGUGAGAAUUAAAUUUGAAAUAAUUUAUUCCAAUAAAAUUAUUUUUAAUAUUAUUUGCAUA